GUGCGCUUCGAGGACGUGCGCUUCGCCUACGGGUCCGCGCCCGCGGACGCGGUCGCGGGCGUCGACCUCGUCUGCCGCGCGGGAGCGACGACGGCGCUCGUCGGGCCGAGCGGCUCGGGCAAGUCGAGCCUCGGCGGCCUGCUCCUGCGGCUCCGCGACCCGCGGAGCGGAUCCGUGCGCGUCGGGGGCGUCGACCUCCGCCGGCUCGACGUCGUCGCGCACCGGCGCCGCGUCGGCGUCGUCCUCCAGGAGCCGUGCCUCUUCGACCGCACGCUGCGGGAGAACGUGGGCUACGGCCUCGACCCGCCGCCGUCCCUGAAACGCGUCCGCGCGGCGGCGCGGGCCGCGGGCGUCGACGGCGUCGUCGCCGCGAUGCCGGACGGCUGGGAGACGCUCGCCGGCGAGGGCGCGACGCGGCUCUCGGGCGGCGAGAAGCAGCGCGUCGCCAUCGCGCGGGCCCUCGUCCGCGAGCCCGACCUGCUGCUGCUCGACGAGGCGACGUCGGCGCUCGACGCCGAGUCCGAGGCCGUCGUGCUGGCGGCGCUCGACGCGGCGGCCGCGGGACGCACGGCGCUCGUCAUCGCGCACCGCCUCGCCACGGUGCGGCGCGCCGACGCCAUCGCGGUCCUCGUCGCCGGCGCCGUCGUCGAGCGGGGGGACCACGACGCGCUCGUGGCGCUGGGCGGGGUCUACGCGGACCUCGUGUCGAAGCAG